AACACGCUAAAAAAAUGUUCGACUUUCUAAAAAACUGUACUCCAGCACAAAUUGCGGGGGGUGUGCUGGCGGGCGGCCUCAUCGUUGGAGGCAUGGUGUACGUCCACCACAGAUACUUCAGACGUGGACCAGUCGACGACGGUGGGAGCCAGCCACCUCCAGCCACCUCAGUCAUCUUCUUCAACGAUCAUUAUCAAGCUGAAACAUCCUCAUCAUCAUCCGAGUCUGACGUCGACGUGCUGCCUGCCGUACAACACAUAGGAGAUGCAGUAGGAGUAUUAGAUAGUGAAGAUCAUCCAGACGCCUCAACUACGGCAGUGGCAGGCAGCAUCGAAAGGCUGUGAAGAGACG